GCAUCGUACACCGUGUCUACUCGUUACAAAUAUACAUAACGUUUGUCAUGUACAAAAUGGCGGCUCAUCUACGUGUCAAGCAGGCAACAUGUGUUGCUAUUUUACUCUGUUUUCAGGUCACAUUUGUCUUUGGACUUGGACGACGUGACGGUGGUAUCAUAAAGGAUGCAGGUAAAUUUGGUAACAAUGAUUUUGACAAGGUGAGAGAUGAUCGUGGUGCACUUGGUGGGCGGUUCGAUGGAGUUGCUCGGGAACGGACCGGCAGGGAUGCUGCCGGGCCUGCUAUCGACCCCGACGGCCGCGGCCUGCUGCCAGCAGCAGGUAACUAUAGGCCUAACAAAUUUCAGCAGCAGCAGCCACGAAUCCAAGGUCAAGACAGGCAGAUGCAGGUGGGACUCAAUCAAGGCUUGAACAACCAACAACAGAUGCAAGUGAAUGAUGGGUUGCAACGAGCAGGAAAUAUGAAUGCUUUUCAACCCAGAGUUGGUGCUGCUGUUGCACAGCCGCAGCAGCAGUUUGACAGGUUUGCCCAACAAGGACAAGGUCAAGCGCUUCCGCCACAAGGUCAAGCGCAACAGCCACUAGCUCAAGCACAGCAGCCACAAGCUCAAGUUCCAGAUAAAGGAUAUAGAAAACCGAUCAAAUCUAAAGCAGUUCCCUUGAAGCCUGUAAGGAUAGCCGACCAUCCAGCUUGCAUCGCGGAUGUUCAACAUAUUUGCCCCAGGAAAGGAAAUAAUUUUGCCGUUCUCGACUGUUUACAAAUGGCAGACAGUGAUAUAUCAGCAGAUUGUAACCAUUUUCUGUGGAGUUACAAGAAGAAUUUGACCACUGAUUAUCGCUUUGAUAAUGCUGCGGCUGAAGUAUGCAGAGAGGACUUGUCAAAGCUCUCAGAUUGCAGCGGCCUUGAGAACGGAAAGGGUCUGGUUCUCCCGUGCCUCCUCGAUCACGUAGAGGAGAUAAGCAUCGACCAGUGUACCCAGUACCUCAACAGGAUGAAGCAGAUCAUCUUCAGUGACUACAGGCUCAUCACAGGCUUUUAUCAGACCUGCAAUGAUGACAUUGACAAGUUCAAGUGCGGCGUCGUCAACGAAGGUGGGGCACCUCCGCUAAACAAGCCCCAGCCACCACACUCCCAAGGUGGCACCAUCCAUUGCCUGGAGAAGAACAUCCAAUCCCUGGACAAGGACUGCAAGCUUCAGAUCCUUCGCGUGGCGGAGCUCUCCUCCAACGAUUACCAUGAGGACAGGUCCCUCUUCUUCGCCUGCAAGGAAGAUCGGGAGAGGUUCUGCGCCAACUCACAUGCCGGUCAGGGCAACAUCUACAAGUGCCUCAAGGAACAUAAGUUCAGUCCGGAGAUGAGCACAGAUUGUAAAGACAAGCUUACUACCCGGCAGAAGGUUGUUGCCCAGGAUUACAAGGUGAACUUCAGGCUGCACCGUCGGUGCAAGAAGGAGAUACAGACCGCUGGAUGUCAGGAAACAGCAACCAAAACCAAGGAGGUCAAAUUGGCUGAAAUUUUGAUAUGCUUGGAAAGUGCUGGCAGAGCAGGAAACAAAAUCAGCGGAGAAUGCCAGGCUGAGCUCACAGACACCCGCAAGGAGAUCAUGUCCGACUAUAUGAUCAACCCUGGGCUCGUCAAGGCCUGCUCCAGUGAGAUUGAUGUCCAGUGCAAGGGCUUGAGACGAGAGGGAAAGACAAUCCACUGCCUCAUGGCGCUGGCUAAGAAGGGAGGUAUAUCGGCUGAAUGCAAGAAGGGGCUGUCUACCCUUGUGGAAGAGGCUGAUGCUGGAUCAGACUACAGAAUAGACCCCGCUCUUCGCAAUGCUUGUAAGGAGUCCAGAGCCCUUCUCUGCCCCAAGAAAGACGAUGCUGAAACUCUGUCUUGUUUAAUGGAAAAUAUUGAAGAUAGCCAGAUGAUGGAUUACUGUGCUGAAAAGCUUAUGGAAAUACAGUAUUUCAUCUCCAGAAAUUUCAGGCUAGACCCUCUUCUCUUUAAAAACUGUGAAUCGGAUGCCAGCAUAUUUUGCUACGAGGAGAAGUGGAAUGGAAAGGAGGAGACCCCCAGCGGUCUUGUAUUCUCCUGUCUCCAUCGUCAUCUCCAUGACCACUCCCAACCACUUCAAUCCCGUUGUGCUGACCAAGUCCACCGUGUUCUCCGUCAGAGGGCUGUGAGCGUGCACCUCAACCCAAGGAUAGAAGAGAACUGCCGGGUCGAUCUGGGCGCGCACUGUAACGACAAGACCAAGAGAGGAGAGGAAUUGAGGUGCCUUCAAGACCACAUGGAUGAUCUGGGACAGAAGUGCAGGCAAGCCGUGGGCAACUUCACUGUGGAAGAAGCAGAAGAUGUGCAGAUGAACAGGAAGCUCAUCGCAGCAUGCGCUCCAAUGCUCAGGAAGUUCUGCCAGGAUAAGUUGAAAGCUAAGAGGGUUGAUGAAGGAGAAGCUUUGAAAUGUUUGAUAGAACACAAGAAUGAUGAUGAGAUGGAGGCAAAAUGCCAGGCCAGCAUUGAACAUUUUCAACUUAUUCAGUUGAAAGAUUACCAAUUCACCUUCAAAUUCAAGGAAAGCUGUCGCAAAGAUGUUCUUAAACUCUGCAAAGGAAGCCGAGAUAAGCCCUCUAUCAUCAAUUGCCUGAGCUUAGCUGUGCGUGAUAGUGUCUUACAACAAAAGGAACCACCUGUAGAUCCAGAGUGCCGCUCGCAACUUAAGUUUGAGCUCCUUCAGAGGGAUGAAAACAUCAAGUUGGAUCCCGAGCUCACGAAAUCGUGUGGCACGGAAGUCACCAAGCUUUGCCCCACGGUGACCCAGGGCAAUGCCAGGGUGAUGGAGUGCCUACGGUCCCACCAGGAAGAACUGGGCAAUGACUGCCACGUCAAGGUCUUCAACAGGGAGAAAGAGAUGGCUGCCAAACCUGACAUUGAUUAUGCCCUCAUGCAUUCCUGCAAGAAAACCAUCAAGACCAAGUGUAAAGACGUAGACCCUGAUAAAUUGAUUGACUGCCUGAAACAGCACAAGGAUGAUCCUGAUACAGAACCAAGAUGCAGGAUGGUGCUGAACAAGCGGCAGAUAGAGCGCAACUCUAACAUCAUGCUCAAUCCUCUGCUGCGCAAGGCCUGCAAGAUGGACAUUCCAAAGUUCUGCAAAGACGUGGAGCUUGAGAUGAAGAACAACCCCACUGCCAUGGAGGGAAAGAUCAUCGGCUGCCUCAGAGGGCAGUUCUCCAAGAGACAACCUAAGUUAAGUCCGGCCUGUGACAAGCAUAUGAGUGGAUUGUUGAAGGAAGGUGCAGAGGAUUACCGGCUGGACCGCAACUUGGUCAAGUACUGCUCCCAUACCAUCAAAGAGAAAUGUUCCGAGGAGAUGGAUAACCCUGGAACUGGUAGAGUGGAGGAGUGCCUCAAGGCUCAUCUUGGUGAAAUCAAGGAUGAAAAAUGCCAACAGCAAGUGGUAAAUCUUUUCCGUGAAGGUCUAGCCGAUAUCCAUGUAGAUCCUCUGCUCUACAAGGCUUGUGCUUUAGACAUCAAACAUUACUGUGCAGGCAUCCCACAAGGACAGGGCCAACAGAUGUCUUGUCUACUGGAGGCUUUAGAUGAGAAAGCAGUAAGUUUACAACCUGAUUGCAGGAGGAUGAUGACGGAAAGAAAAGAAAUGUGGGAAUAUGCUGCACAGGUGGCACCAGCAUUAAAUUUCUACGAGCUAUACAACCAGAUCAGAAGUUCUCCAUCUCACAAUUACUUUGUGAUGGUGUUCCUCUCCUUCGUGGGCGUCCUCUUUUUCUUCGGCCUCUGCUGCGGACGGGUCACGAAGCGGAUCAGACAGGAAGUCAAGAACAAAUAAUGAUGGAUCAAUUCAGCUUCCGCACAACUAGGCUGGAAUUCAAAAAAUUAGAAAUAUUUGUGUGUGGAGCGGAGAUUUGCGUACAACAAGGACACCUUCCUUUCUUCAUAGUGUAUGUCUGGUGUGUCGCGUUCUGUUUUCCGUCUUCUUUGCUACUCUCUGUCGUUGUGCGGCAUAUCCCAUACCUGCCAACCCUUCCGAAUAAUCCGGAAUAUUCUGAUGUUCUUGAUUUUUAGGACCUGAAAAUUCGGAAUAUUCUGAACAAAAUUUCAAUUUUUUUUUGUGCUUUAGCCAAAUUAAGCUUGUUUCAUCAUGUGCCGCGACUUGAGAGUUCAUGUAAUGUGUGCGUUGAAUGGCUGCAUGAUCGAGCAGCGAAUUUGUAGUUGCUUUUUGAUACAGAUUUACCGCGUAUUGCCAGUUACACUACCGCUGCAAGUGGGAUUUCUUAUUUUUGAAGGCAUACUGUUCUAAAAAUUCCUAAUUUUCAUUUUCAAAUGUUGGCAGGUAUGAUAUCCCAGUUGACCGAUGAUGACAGAAGACCUUGUGGGCUGCAAGCCUCUCUGGCCAUUUUCUCUUUGUCUAUUUGAGUCUCCUACAUUCUUCUUAUCCAUAGCAAGCUACGUCUUCUGUGGAAAGCCGUAGAAGUCCAAUCUGUAAAAGUCGAGUUCAGUUGCUCUUUAUUCUAGUGAAGCCGGAUGCUUUCCUUUCAUUUCCUGCAUGUGUUGUGUCACAGUCUAUGUUGUACCGCAUUUGCAGGUCUGCAGAAAUUCCCUAGGCAAUAUGCACCCUGUGACUAUGGGCUUUACAAAUUAUCCAAAGCUUAGAAUUAUUUUUCAGACAUGCUUUGUUUCCCUUGUACUGCAUUAAAAUAUCAUGCAUGAAAGCAGAGCAACUGAACUCGAUGUAAAACUUGAUUCACUGUUGUUGUUUUUUUCUUUCUUUCUCGCGAUGUAGCUGUUCUGGUAAUUAACGUGUCCAGAUAUAUUAUUUUUUAAUUUAUUUUAUUUAGAGAUCAUUUGAUUCUCUCUAUUCAGAUUUUAAUGUGUAACGAUCAUUAACAUUUGAAUGGUGAUUACAGUUAGUCAACACACGAAAGAAAGCAACGCUCCACGAAAAGAUCGUUGUUUUUAUUUUACAAGUCAGCUUUUACCUUGUUUUGAGUGUUUGUUUUAUUAUUGAAAGAACUUUAAUACAAAAGAUAGUGAAAUUCACUCAAAAGUUCAUUUUAACCAUCCCUUGAAACAUUUUUUUCUCUUCGCCCACGAUAAUGAUUGUUUUUAGCAAAUUUUCUAAUGCAGUUGUUUAUGUGUGCGUUUAAUUCCUUUGGAUCGUAAAACGUCAAAGAAGGGAUCUGAUGUAAGUUUGGUUCAAGCAUGAAGCAUUGGUGUGAAAAUUCCUCAAAGAAAUCGCCAAACCUGUCAUUCAACAGUCACAAACUUUUUUUUUAAUUGUUAUCAUUAUGACUCUGUCAGGAUGUAUUUUUCUUGAAUAAAUGCUGUAUAAACUUUAGCUACCACACAAUAAGCCGUCUGACUUAAUGUUCAUAUUGUCUAUAUCUGAUUGGGCCAAGGUGUACAUAUUUCUUCAAUAAGACCUAAAAAUGUACAGAAUUAUAGGCCCUUGAGGGUACGUUAGAAUAGAAAGCUGAAUAGAAAAAAUAGGAGAUCAACUUAUGCAUAGCCAGGAAGUAUCGUAGCUAUUUUGUAGAUUGUAGUUGUGUACCAUAGGUAGUUUUAUACAAACAAAAAAAAUGAAAGGAGGGAGACUGUUUGAUUAUUAAAAUAUAUUUUUAAGGAUGUAUCAUGCUGUGGUGUUUGUGUCUUAUCUUAGCUAUUACAUAUAUUUUCGAAUUUCGAAUUUCGUACAUUUAUGUACAAAACCUCUCUAUGCGUCAUGUUUGAUGUUAAAAGAGUUUGUUGGUGUAUUUAUACGGCUUGUCGGCCAUAACUUUGAUGUGUUGGAAUAAAAAGAUGAGAUGUUUCCUGUGGCAAUAUUUCAAUAUCAUCACUAAAGAGAAAUUUAUAAUUGUCACAAAACCAUACGUGUAUAAUCGUGAGUACUUUACUGUUCAUUAUCUUGUUCUAAGCUGACGCAAGGAUCAUCAUCGCGUCUUAUCGCUUUGAAUUCCACCUAUCUGGUGACCAUAGGCAUUAUGGCAUAUGAGUAAUGGCCAAUGAACAAAUCUGCAAUGUCACAGAUCUCUAUUCGUACAGGUUUUGUGAAUAAAUGAAUCACAUUGCCUGUUGUGAUAAGGCCUCAAGUUCACAUCCUCCCUCCAACAAACACACCUUUUUGUAGAUCAGGUACAUGUAGAUGAUUGCAACACAUUUUUUGUAUUCUUGAAGCACCAAUGUUAUCAGAAACUUUGAUUGGUCAGUGCCCUUCAAAAUUUAGUGACCGUAUUUGCUGCUGGGCGAUUCCAUGCAACGGAGUCCCCUUCAACAUACCGGUAUGUCCCUUUUCCACAUUUUUUAUUUAAAAAAAAUCAGGACUCUCAGUCUCUUGAAAUGACCAUUGAAAAAUGAUGCUAAGCUUUCUGGGAGGUGUUUCACAAAAGACUAAGAUCAACAUUAAGUUGGACUUAGCUAUGGCAGACCGUUCAUGCCACUAGUUCCUCUAACCAUUCCUUGCAUUGGUUUCUCAAGAGAAAUGCCAGGCAGUUGUCACAAAUCUACAGAAUUUACAUUUUUUGAUAGUUCAUUAUUGAAGGAAAAAAAUAUUAUCUAAAGAUCAUAAUUAAGAGACCAAUGGCGAGUGCGACCAGUGGCGUGAAUGGCUUGCCAUAGUUAAGUCCAGCUUAAAGUCGAUCUCAGUCUUUGUGAAACACUCCCCUGGUAUCGCUACCAAAAGUCAUAGCAUACCAGUAUGUAGAAAUUUUUCAUUUAUGAAUGAUGAAAUGUAGAGAUGAAAUGUGAUGUACAGGAGUAACAGGGCCUAAUGCUGUAAAAUUCAUCGUAUGUCUUUGGAUUUUUUCUCUCUUUGGAAAGGAACUUUAGUGGUAGCCAUAUAUAAGUCUAUGUUAGAGGUAGAUUAUUUAUAUACCGGUACAUACAAUAUAUUUCAUUGUAAAGUGUAUGUAUUGUAACUUUGUAUUUUACACAUGCCAUUGUCACUGUUUCAGUCACAUAAUAAAGGGCUUAUUUCAUGUUCUUUUAUUGUGUAAGUAAUCGUUUUCAUUGUUUACGUAGAGGUGCCAUAUCUUCAGAAUUUUUGUAUAGAAAAGGUGUGAAUUUAAGUUGUCUUGGCUAAAUAAUGUGUAGUCAAUAACAUUCAAAUUGAUUCUAUUUCUUUAAUAUUCAUUUCUCCAUGUAUACUCUGUAUCUAGUUGCCUUAUUUAGCCGAUCAUGAGAUGAGCCUUUAGAAAUAUUUCCAACGCUUCAGUUUUACCGUAGGUAGUGAAUAUCAUUUCUACAAUAAAUGUUUAAGAUUGAAACUGACAUUGAUGUCGAUGUGGUCACGAUUGUAUGUUUAUUUUAGAUAUUUCUCGCACUAUGAACAACAUCUUGAAAUAGUUUUUUUUCUGUGAUAAUCGCAAACUGAAUAUUAGAGAGUGAAAUAACGUCCAUACUCUAUUUUUCAGGCUUUUUGUUGUUUAUUGCCUUUUUAAUCCACCAGAUUAUUUGUAUGUGUGACAAGAGAGAGCUAUUAGAAUAAUGUCAUGAUUUUGUGUUAAAUAUGAAAAUGUCUUCUCCGUCUUUUUUUUUGCUUUAGGUCAAUAUUGAAAUGACAUUAUUGGGUAAAAAACUGGCGGCCUCUUUUGACAUAACAUUACAAUAGCAGAAAAUGGUGCGAAGGCCAAUAUAUACCUAACCUAAAAUAGACUGAAAAAAAUAAAGCAAAGGUUUUCUUUUUUAUACUACUAAAUAAAGACACGUUGUAAGGUGAAAAUCCAUUUUAUUAGGCUGACAUUAAUGAAAUAGAUUUGCAUAUUUUGUAUUGAUUUGUUUACGUAGCAUAUUUUUAGUACGAAUGGUGUAAUCGUCCAUUGAUAGUUUUUCCAGUAAAAUAAUUGUUAUUACUGGAGAUCCGUCAAGGAAUUUUUGUACACUUUUAGUCUGUGGAUGGAUUUUAUUGCUGAUUGAUAGCCAACCGGCCUUUUGUCGUUGUUGAGGAUUACCUACUCUGAAUAAUUUGCUCCGGUAUUUUGACACUGUGGAGUCUUUUGGCUAACCUCUUCACGUUAUUUGGUGAACACAUGAAAUUGUCUGUUUAUAGCCAGAAGGGUGUUAAGUAUAUGUUGAAGUAUAUGAGUUAAUGUCCUUCUGGUUCCAACCAGAUGAUACGAUAAGGUGCCACAGCUUAAAUAAAUUGAAUACCGGUAGGCCAUUUUUGUGAUGUAACCCAAUAGACACCGAAGAGCCUGGGUACGAACUUUUCCUCCUGUUACGAAUAAUUGUAUUUCAAUAGUCGGAAUGCAUAUUGCAUAUAUUACGUGUCGUUAGGUUGGGCAAGCCAUAAUGUUUGUCCUACCUAGCAACACCUAAUACAUUCGAUGUGAAUUCUGACUAUUGCAAUACAUUUAUUUGCAACUGGCGAUUGAAAUAAUUUGUAUCGAGGCGCCUCACAAAGGCAUAUGCAUAAAUUUGGUUACAUUGCGAAUAUAGCCUAUUGUACUUCAAAUCCCUUACCCAAUCAACUAAGUCAUUACAAAUUUUUAUUUUUUAUAUAUUUUUUAUUUCAAUAAAUUGCUUUCAAAUGUGACAUUUUCAAUUAAUGAUCUAAGGAACUAUUAUCAUCAUAGCACUAUAGCUGUAAAAGGAAUCCACUAGUUGUAAACCAUUUAUUUUUUUGAUUUCCUAGCAACAGUCAUAGGAAUUGUCGAAUUGUGAAUCUGUUUUUAGUUUCUGGCAUUCCUAGUCGGUUAUGUUCAAGUCAAUGGACUGCAAAUGUGUUUAGAGUUCUGUUGAUUAUUGUUUCUGUAGAUGAUGUGAUCUUUACUAUGCAUCUUUUUGAUGUCUACUGUUCUAUUCCAGUAUGAUAUUGAUGACAUAUAUGUAUAAUGUAAUAAAUAAUUUUCCUAUUUCCAAUAA